UAAUUUCUUGUCUUUUGGAAAGCCGGCUAGAACUACCGACUUCCGCUCACGGCAGCCUGGCCAACUAGGUUAUCCCCCCAAGAGCUACCAAUCAUAUAUAGUCACUGCCAAAAGGAGAGAAAGUACGACAGAAUGGAGUCACCGGGUUUAAGGCUAGCUUCAACUAUGGCUUUAAUGGCAGAAAAGUGCACAACCAUGAAAGACCUAAAAAGAAUUCAUGGGCACAUAAUUAGAACUGGUCUUCACUUCAACACCUUAAUUCUAGCAAAAAUGUUGAGAUUUGUCUCUGUAUCUCCAAAUGGUAAUUUACGACAUGCUCAUAAACUAUUCACUCAAAUUCAACAACCAAACACCUUCUUUUACAAUACCUUAAUUAGAGGUUAUUCAAAGAGUCAAUACCCAGUAGAAUCAUUACAUUUGUUUAAAAUUAUGAGAAGAAAUUCUGUUGAUCCGGAUGAGUUUACUUUCACUUUUCUUCUUAAAGCUCGUUCAAGAAUAACUUCUUUGGGUGGAAAUGAGAUUCAUGGGGAAGUUUUGAAAUGUGGGUUUUGCUCACAUUUGUUUGUUCAGAAUGCAUUAAUCCAUCUUUAUGCUUCAAAAGGUGCUUCAGUUGAGGCUUUCAAGGUUUUCCAAGAGACAAUGAAACCAGAUGUUGUUUCUUGGUCAGGUUUAGUUGUUGCGUAUUUAAAAGCUGGUGAAUUAGAUAAUGCUCAGCUAGUGUUUAAUAAAAUGCCUGUAAAAGAUGUGGUUUCGUGGACUGCUAUAAUUACAGGUUAUUCGAAAGCCAAACGUUCCAGGGAAGCGUUAGAGUUGUUUGAGCGAAUGAGGCAAUCUGGUGUUCGGCCCGACGAGGUUACUAUGGUGAGUGUAAUUUCGGCUUGCACGAAUUUGGGGGACUUAGAAGUAGGAUCGAAUGUUCAUCGCUAUAUUGGUGAGAAUGGGUUCGGGUGGAUGGUAUCUCUUUGUAAUGCUUUGAUCGACAUGUAUGCAAAAUGUGGGUGUGUCGAAAGGGCAAGACAGGUUUUUGAUAAAAUGGAGAGGAAAACCUUGAUAACUUGGAACUCCAUGGUGUCAGCUUGUGCGAAUCAUGGAAAUGUUGAAGAAGCAAUUCAGUUGUUUCACGAUAUGACCAAGUAUGGAUUUCUCCCUGACGGCGUUACAUUUUUAGCACUUUUCACUGCUUUUACACACAAGGGGAUGGUUGAAGAUGGGGUUAGAUUGUUUGAGUGUAUGAAGAUAGAGUAUGGCAUUGCGGCACAAAUUGAGCAUUAUGGGUGUAUGGUGGAUAUGUUGAGCAGAGCAGGAAGGUUAAAGGAGGCUUAUGAGCUUAUAUUGAACAUGCCAAUACCCUGUAAUGAUGUAGUAUUGGGUGCAUUACUUGGUGCUUGUAGGAUAUAUGGAGAUUUAGAUAUGGCAGAGCGGACAGUGAAGAGGCUCCUGGAAUUGAAGCCGGAUGAGGGAGGAUAUUACAUUUUACUUUGUGAUAUUUAUAUGGCUGCAGGCCGAAUAACCGAAGCAACAGCAGUUAGAAAAACGAUGGAAAGCAUGAAAGCACAAAAAACACCAGGCUGCAGUUGGGUGGUGAAGAAUUAGUUCUUGACGCGAUCUCUUUAAGUCCAGCAAGAGACCUGACUACUUGACUAGAGGUGCUAUUGGAGGUAAGCAUCAAUAUUACUUGUCUGAUUGCUGUCUACAGUACACUGAUGCCCCUACAAUUUAAUUCCCUUCAGAGGAACCCAAUACUUAAGAAGGCUAUUUCAUCUUUCUCCUCAUUUGCUAAUUAAGAUAAGGUGAAUUUAUGGGGUAAAAUGCUGGAGAAACAGUAACCUACAUUAGAGCCAGUGGUCCAGUGUCCUACACUUCGUAAUUGCAACUUGAAUGCUGUUCUUCCCAAAUUGAUGCUUGGAUUGUAACCGGCAACAUUUACAUAGUUGAGGAAAUGAGCAAACCUUCAGUGAUGACGGAAAUGCGAAGCCAAAGAACACCAAAUUCAUCUUGAUGCAUUAUUAAUAACUAAUACUCUGUGAAUUUGGUAUCAUCCAACUCGCACUUCCAGCAUCGACUUUUUGAUUGAUUGCCCCGUAUAUUUGAUGAAAGCCAGAGGGGAGAGGAAUGAAUGAUCCAGAGCUGCAAAUAGUAUAUUACUAAAAACAUCAAUUUAAUUAGUUUCUUUUAAGUGAAG